AUGCCGGUUCCAGAAACUUAUCAGCCACAGAAUUCUGCCCCGAGUGCAUCCGCAGGUCCAGACGGUCAGCUCGGACGUCAAUGGGCUUCUUCUCCACCAUACGGGGCCGUGGACCAUCAGAAUGCACCAUCGCCAUUAUACCAAGUCUCCCCCUCCGGCUCCACACCUGGGCCUACUCCGCCCGCCCAUGGACAACCUCAUGUAACAAGCUUGGAAAGACAUCCCACCAAUCGACCUCUGCCGUCCCACCCUACAGAGCCCAGCUAUUUCUCAGGCGGUCAGACGUACUCCUCAACCUACGAUCAUAUGCGAAACAAUUCUCUUGGACUGACUCAGGAUGAACUGUUUGAUGAUGUUGAGGCCGCAUUGCUAGGCACCGGCAGACCUUCAAUAAUUGCGGCGACCAAUCAAAACGGGCACACGUUGCAUAAUGAAAUUGACGACGGCCACAUGUCUUCCGGCACUGUGCAACCGCGGGGCAGUGGACGACACGACAGCAGUGGCAGUGAUGCUGAAGCUGCGCAAGGGUUGAGGAUGCUACGGUUGGCUGAAGAAGAGGAGAAGCGGAGGCAGAGCAGCAGUGGUCAAACACCAUUCAGCGGCUAUGGUGUGAAGAAUGAUUCGCGACCAGGCGCACAGCAGAGCGCAGGGAGUGAUAGUGACGACUAUGUAAAUCUGGAUAUGAGCUCUUUUGGGGGCGGAUACGACGUUCAAAUGACUUACGGGGGCGAUCCCAGUCAGCUUGCAGCGCGCGGUCAGACUAAUGGCAAUACUCAUGCUCAAGUACUGUCGAGUCAGCGCAGCUCCAUCACAAGAUCACGUCCCUCUCAAUCUAGCCGGGAGGGCUAUGAUCAAAAUUACGAUUCUAUGCAUCCGUUCCCGCCAUUCAACGCUCCUGCGCGUGUCGACGCUGGCGGUACUGGCGGUCUAUCUGAGCCAACAGGUCGCCGACAAUCUUUCGACGAAGGCGACGAGUACAUGCUCAUGGACAACAGCGGAACUGCGCUCCCAGAAAGGUUUCCCGACGAACCCCCUGAUAUCGAGUUUAAACCGGCCAGCUCCACAUUUCGCCCUCUUCCAGCUCCUCCCUACCCACAGAACUCGACAUCGUAUUUGAGCGACACGAUUUCCCCGACCAGCUCAGAAUUCAAGAAUCUCCCUCCAGUGCCUGGCACGCCAUCAUACCCUGACGCACCAGAUUUAUACACCGUCAAUGCGCAAGGUCAAGUUGUCCCACGGUCAUCCUCGCUCGGCGCCUACAGUCAAACACCACAAGUGGUUCAGCCAUUGAGAUCCAAGACUGCUGCUGAAGAGAGAAAGGCACGCCAGCAACAAUUCCGAACGAAUCCCUUCGCCUCCCUGGAUUCUGCUGCAGUCUCUACUAGCAUGUUGGUCGACUUGCCAGCCAUCGGCAAGCGAUUCCUACCUCAUAAAUUGACUCAACUCGACUUCGACGAGUGUCGAGAACCGUGGGCCCUGUCCUCUCUGCUCGAGUGGCUGUUACUGGUCACCAAGCCCGAGCAGAACACCGAGGUCAAAGAAUCCGAUGUAAAAGCAGCAUUGGUAGCAAUAUUCACCAACAAAAUCCCCACCAUGAACAUUAUCGAUGCGGAGAGCCUGAGCGAACAAGUUGUGUCUGAUCUUUAUGAAGCCACUACGCUCGUAGCUACUGAAGAAUGGGUCAGGCUUCAUCCAGGCCCCAUUUCUGGUGUAAUAUUUCAACUCACACAGUCUGGUUGCUAUUCAGGCAGGGGGCACGAUGAUGGCGCUCCAAACAGGCGAUGUUAUUCCUACCACUGUCAGAGAACGAACAAAAGGGUGAAUCUGCUUGACUAUGCUAGUCGCACAUCGGAGAGUUGGGCAGAAUUCUAUGGUCUACAAAAGGAAGAUCUCGAAAACCGAGAUAAAAAGGAGAUGGAAAAGCAAAACGUCUUGCACGAAAUCGUCUGCACAGAAGAAGGGUAUAUGGAAUCUCUUGACACCCUUCGAAUACUAUUCCGGGAUCAGCUUGCCACCAUUGAACCAUCUGUCAUCUCGCCCAAGCGGAAGGACAAGUUUCUCCGCGACGUCUUCGGUCGGGUCGAUGCAGUCAAGCAGGCUAACGAAGAACAUCUUCUGCCGCAGUUGAAGUACCGACAGCAGGAACAGGGACCAUGGAUUGUUGGUUUCAGUGAUGUCUUCCGACAAUGGAUACGCAAGGCAAAGUCGGCGUACAUUGAUUACGCAACCGACUUCCCUCGUGCCGAUCAUUUCGUACGCCUGGAACUGGAACGCAAUAUGGAAUUCCGUGCCUUCGUCGAAAAGGCACGAGGCGACAAGAGGUCUAACAGGCUUUCGCUAGACAGUUUCUUGAAGGCACCCAUUGCCAGGUUACAACGUUAUGCACUCCUGCUUGGAACCGUCCUCAAGACAAUGAAGCAGGAUAGCACCGAAAAGACAAAUCUGCAAAUCGCCCUUGACGAAGUAAAAGCAGUCACCCUCGAGUGCGAUGGACGUGUCGCAGAGAUGCAACGCAAGAUUGACCUUUUAGACCUCAGUUCGAAAUUGGUGAUCCGUCCUCAGCUGAAGAAUGAUGUAGAGCUCAAUCUCGACCAUUUCGGCCGGGAGCUCAUCUAUCGGGGGGACCUUCAACGAAUGGGAAGCACUCGGUUCUCUUGGCUAGAUUGUCACGCCUUGCUCUUCGAUCACUAUCUUGUCAUCUCAAAGAUCAUUGUGCCAGCAACAGACUCUUCGAGCCGAGGGAACAAAUAUGACGUUUCUCGCAUGCCAAUUCCGAUGGAUCUUCUUAUACUAGAUAGCGCCAACGAGCCUAUUUACAUCAAAAGCAUAACUCACAUCUCGGCUUCGUCCGGCCGAACAGCCGCUCCCGCUGAGCAAAUGCUAGGAAGGACUCCGUCUAAUCAGGCAGUAGCUCCAGGAAACCUCUCUCACGUCAACACGGGCUCGUCCGCGAACUCGAUUCCUACCUUACAGAGCCUGAACGAGAAGGAUACCGAACGUAUCCUCUAUCCUUUCAAAGUCAAGCAUCUUGGCAAAGAGACAUACACCCUGUUCGCUCCAUCUGAGCAGGCGCGACGGGAGUGGUGCCUGAGCAUAGUUGAAGCCAAGACUAAGCAUGCCGCUGCUCUUCACGCGCAGCAUGCGGAACCGUUCAGGCUGCGUGUCAUGGCGGACUCAGCAUUCGUUAUGGAUUCCUUUGGCGGUGCGGGUAAAGGCGUCACCAUCACUGGAACGCCGGUUGACCGCGCGAUCAAAGAGGUCGAGCACCGUUUUAGAGACACAGGCCGGCCUGGUCCAAUCUGCCGAGCACGAGUAAAUUGCGCAACGACAUUCACAACUCCUCAUCCAAGCAGGCAAAUGGUCGCAGUGGGUACGGACUAUGGUGUUUACAUCAGCGAAUUGGACAAUCCUCGCGGCUGGGAGAGGGCAAUUCCUUUGACAAAGGUCACCCAGGUGACUGUACUCGAGGAGUUCAAUUUAUUCCUCUUGAUCUCAGAGCGCUCGCUGAUCGCCUAUCAUCUGGACGUCAUUUGCCCUAACGACAGGAGUGGUCCAACCAUGUCGACAAAUUCAACCCGGCACGCGCCACAGAAGCUGUCCGGCAGCAGGGACGUGGGUUUCUUCGUCACCGGCAGGAUGAAAGACCGCACUUUGGUCUUUUACAAGAAAAAGGAAGGUCUCAACUCUGUCUUCAAGGUGCUCGAGCCCGUCUACCACAAGUCGUCUGAAAAGAAGCGUGGUAUAUUCAAGCGAGGCACAACUGAGUUUUUCCGCGAUUUCGACGAGUUCUACAUACCUGCCGACAGCUCUGGCAUCAAUCUCUUCCACUCAAGUCUUGCUGUCAGCACUACCCGCGGCUUCGAAGUGCUCACACUGGACAAGAAGCAAUCGUACAGUGUGCCAGAAUUGCAAGCGGAGCACGUCCAGAACAUCGCGGCUUCCAUCAAGGACCAGAAGGCGCUGAGCAUGCUCCGGCUUAGCGAUCAGGAAUUCCUCCUGUGUUACGAGCGCAACGCUGUCUACGUCAAUAAACAUGGCGACGUCUCCCGCUCCGUCAUCAUGGACUUUGUCGGCUCUAACGCCCAAGCUGCCGCUCUGUAUGGUCCAUACCUCGUGCUGUUCAAUGACGACUUCGUCGAAGUACGCAACGCUCAGAACGGUCGCUUGAAACAGAUAAUCGCAGGACGCGAGGUCAAAUGUCUUGACGACGGCACCUGCUGGCCUCCGGGCAGCGGCGGCGUCACCGCAGGCACUGGUUUGACAAACGGCAUGGUCGGAGGUGUACCGGCCGUUGCACGCACCUUAAAGUUGGUCAUGCAGCACCCUGAGAUGGAGAGGACGCAGAUCAUCGUGGAACUGCUUCUGAACGAAAAUAUGAAGGACUGA